AUGAAAAAACAAACGUAUAAUAAAGCGUUAGAAGAAUACAUCAGAAAAACGGAAUGUAUUAAGAUCAAUAGUAAUAUAGUUGAAGCAAUUGAUAGAAGGAUUAAAAAGCUGGAAGGAACAAAACUAGCGAAGAUCUUACCUUUCUUACAAAAAUGCCGAAACCCUAGACCAGGGACCCCGAGGUUAUUCGCCUUCGCUAAAACUCAUAAAGAGGGCAAGGAAAUAAGACCUAUUGUGGAAAAACGGAAAGCACCCACAUUUCUCCUGGAAAAAAAGUUGCAAGAAUAUCUCUCUUCCAUGAUGGAAAGUAAUGAAUUGGUGGCAAAGGAUCCUGUGAAGGUGGUCAAAGAGCUACAAGACCUUAUCUUAAUGGAUGAAGAAGUGGGAACUGUUUUAGAUUACGAAAGUUUGUACCCUUCUAUUAGGAUUGAAGCAUGUGUAGAAGCACUUUUGGAGUUUUUGAAUAGAGUAAACCCAAUGUUAGCACAGCACGGUAAUGAGGUUGCAGAGAUGGUUAAUCUAGUAUGUUGCGAAUCCUUUUUCGUUUUUGAAGGCCAAACAUAUAAACAAAAUAGAGGGGUCCCAAUGGGAAGCCCAAUUUCAGGGCUCCUAUGCGAGCUUGUCGUUAGAAAACUAGAAAGAAAAAUACUGAGUAGCUUUGAAAGAAAUAUUGUAUACUACAAGAGAUAUGUAGAUGAUGUAUUCAUUUUAUGGAAAAACAAUCGAGCAAUUGCUGAAUUCGUAGAUAGAGUUAACGAUAACGAGGAAGGUCUUAGGUUGAAGCUAGAGCAAAAAAGCUCUAUGAAGGUACAUUUCUUAGACAUUAGUAUCAUAUUUAGGAGAGGACGUAUAUCCACCAACGUAUUCAUUAAACCAACACAUAGUCCACUAUAUAUCCCUGCAAACUCUAAUGACCCUUAUAGGUAUAAAAUAGCAGCGUUUCGAGCAUUGGUUAGGAGGGCCUUUAUAUACUGUGAAAGCGUUAUAGACCGGGAUGCAGAGUUAGAAAGAAUUAUGCAAUUGGCAGGAACAUUGGGUUACAAGAGGAAUGUGAUUAAGGGAAUUAUUAGAAAAUUAGAGGAUAAUAAAGAUAUAAAAAAGGCACAAGGUCCUUCUAAAUACACGAAAUUUACAUACAACAAACAUUUAGGAGGAGUUAUGAAAGAAAUCACAAAUAUGAAGGUUAGAAAAGAAAAUAAGGCGGGUGUGUACAAGAUUCCCUACGAGAACCAGCUUUUAGGAAUUAAGAAAGAAUAUGUAGGGGUUACAACUAGGAACCUAGGUUUAAGGAUCAAAGAACACAAAUAUGAUAUCAGAAAAGGUUCUAAUGCGACAGUUUUGGCCCAGAUGGCGCAGGCAGAAGGUUCAUUGAUACAUUGGGAUAAAGCCGAAAUCCUGAAACAGAUACACUCGCCGGCAUUGGCAAGAACAGCUGAAAAGAUAGAAAUCUAUAGAAGCAAACUUGAAGAAAAAUGUAUUAACGCAAGAGAUGCGGAGGGUCUUCCUUCCGCUUGGAAGUUUGCGGUUAAAAGCUUAAAAAAAGCGCAGGAAAUUUAG